CUUCAUCUUCCAAUCUAUAUUUCAUUCUUGAUGAAAUCACAUCGUAGCAUCCCCAAACCCCAGAAAAAUCACAGGUAAUUUCCCUCUUUUCUUUUUGUUCAUUCUUUAAUUUCUGCUGAAUUUUUGAGCCGUUUAAUAUCAAAAAUGAACGAAAGAUUUGUUCUUGAUAUCCCUGAAGAAAUCUGGGAGCAAAUCAUUUCACUUCUAGAUCAAGAUCUUUACUUAGAGUCUUUAUCACUUGUCUCUAAAACUUUUUUUUCAAUCACAAAUCGUCUCAAACAAACCCUAAUAAUUUCAGACACAACUACCCAUUUCCUCCCUAAAUUCUUCCAUAGAUUCCCUAAUCUCAAACACAUCUCUCUUUGCAACUUUCGAGGAGAACCCUGUUCAAUUCUUCAAUUAAUUUCGCAUGCAAACUUCCAACUUGAAUCACUUGAUCUUUCAAAUCACCCUAAUUUUCCCUCUAAAUCAAUUCUUGAAAUGCCCAUUUCAUGUUUAAGUUCAAUUAAGUUGCUAAAAUUGCAUAAUCUUAGAGCUCUUAAUGAUUAUGAUUUGGGGGUAAUUUCACAGUUAAUGACCAAUUUAGAGGAUUUAGAUGUUAGUGAACCUAAUGAUGAUUGUUAUGUAGGUGAUGUUGAGAUUGUUGGUGGGGGUUUAGGGAUUACUGAUGAUGGGAUUGAUUUGCUAGCUUCAAAGCUUACCAAUUUGAGGAAAGUUAAUUUGUCUGGAAAUUACUUUAUUUCUGAUAAAUCUGUUAUUAGUCUUGUUGAUAGAUGCAAUAAUUUGGAGGAAAUUGCAGUGAGGAAUUGCACUUUUGUUACCCAAACUGGAUUAGGUUAUGCUUUUCAAAAUUGUUCCAAUUUGAAAUCAAUAUCCCUUUUAGGCAUGGAAAUGGUUGUCUUAGAGAUUAGUCCUUUGCUUGCGUUUGCUCGAAACUUGUCUGUGCUCGAUUUUUCGUAUAUGAGUGUUUCGGAUGGUUUGCUUUAUGCUAUUGUGAAGGCCUCUAUUCCUUUGAGGAGGUUGAGUUUAUACCAUUGUAAUGAUUUUACUUUUCCUGGGGUGUUAGCCCUCGUUCGUUGUUAUAGCUCUCUCGAAUUGUUUGGUUUAGAAGGGGUUUAUUGGAUCACUGAUCAGAAUAUCAUUGAUAUAUCGAAAUUCCUUCGUAAGGUUCACACUGUUAAACUUAAUUUUUGCUCGAGGCUAACGAGUUCUAGUUGUUUUACCAUGCUUAAAAGUUGUCCUUCAUUGAGUGUUCUUGAAAUGGAGAAAACGGAUAUGGGAAAGAUGACAUUUGUUGUGAAUAAUGCACAAAAUACCCAGAUUCGAACUCUUAAUUUGAGUUCUAAUAAGCAAUUGAGCAACGAAUGUCUUGAAAAAAUCGCAGAUUCCUGCCCAAGUCUAGAGCAAUUAGAUGUGAGUGAUUGUCCUUGUAUUACUAGGAAAGGCAUUGGUGAAAUUGUGCGGAACUGCACUGGUUUGAGGCAUUUACAAAUUAAUGGAUGCGGAGCAAUCAAAAGCCUCGGUGUGGAUGCAAAACUUCGUAAGUUAGAAGUUUUACGGGCAUCAGUUUCAGGGCUUAAUGAUAACGGGUUGAUAAUGAUCGCAAGGAAGUGUCCCGCGCUAUUGAAUUUGGAUAUCAUGGGUUGCUCUGCGGUUAGCUCGAAUGGAGUAAAAGAAGUAGUUUAUCAUUGUCGAAGGUUGAAGGAGAUAAAUUUGAAUUUUUGUCGAGAUAUGGGUCGUGACAUUGUAGCUUGGAUGGUGUUUUCUAGGCCUACACUGAGGAAAAUUGUGCCUCCCCAUGGAUUUAUUCCGACUGAAUUUGAAAAGAGCUUAUUCUUGCGCCAUGGAUGUCUUGUAUGCGAUGGCUAACGUUCUGUUUGGAUCGAAGGAAAAUGAAGGGUAACUUUCGAUCAUUUGGAGGGAGGAAGACCAGAUCGGUUUUGUGAUGAAAAGAUUUGGAAGGAAAACGUAUCUAUUUUUGUGUCCCUUGAUUUUCCUUAUCCAAACACAAUCUAAUUUUGAAAGUCACAUAAGCUGUAUGCUUCUUUUAUUUUGUGUAUAAAAGGCAGACUAGUUUACUUGUAAAUCAUUUUAGUACUUCCAUUAAAAACCUUUAAAUGUGUUCUUUGAAGUGUAAAUAAUGCAAUCAGUAUGAAUUUCCACUUGUUAUAUGAAUGACAAGGUCUUUUGGUGAAUCCUAAUUGCUUUAUUUCAAUGCUAACUUGUGAAGAUUGAGUGAAAUUAUUAUGUGAUAUGAUUAUAUCAGCUAUCAUGUGUAUCUUGUUCAAGUUAAGAAUUAAA